AUGUGUACUGACAUUGAUUUUUUGCCUCAUAUCAUGACCAUAACCGAUAAGGACUUAGUAUUAUCCAAUGGUUAUGAUCGUAGGAAUAGCUCAACGCCAUCGAUAGCAUCUUCGUCUUCGUCAACAACAACAAACAAUACAACAUCAUGGUUUGAGAGAAAAUUAUUUAAUCAUUUCAAACGUUUAUUUCGACGAAAUUCAUUUUCAUCGAAAAUAGAUUCUUUUCAGUCCAGUCGUCGACCAUCGGGCACUGCUGCUGAGGAAAUUGUUGCAUCAUCCGCAUGUCCUGAACAGUCUAAGGGCAAAAAGAAAGAAGAAGAAGAAGAAGAAGAAGAAGUACAACAACAACAACAAGAAAAUAAGAAUACAGAUCAUGAGAGUCUUGUUUCUUUGUCUUCGUCUACUUCUUCUUCUACGACGCUGCCAAAUUCAAUUAAUGAACACGUACAAUCAUUAGCACCAAACAAAAGUUCAAUUGAUCUACUCUAUGAUUAUGAUCGUCUUCUCACUCGUUGUCUUGAACGACAAAAGCAUGAUCUUACCGAAAUGAUAUCACGUUGCCAAGCACCUAUUACUAUUCCGCAUGCUGAUCUAAGCGUUGGCCAUUCACGUUCCAUAGUUGCUAAUUGGAAAUCUUACACACGACUAUUUCGUGCAUUAAAUCGUGAUUCGCAAUUAUUUCAACAAUAUAUUAAUCUUUAUUACGGUUGUCAAUCGUGGAUAAAUCAACGUGAACAAUUAACUUUUAACGUUCGAACAACGAAAGCAACAUUUGAUAAUGUAUUAAAAUUAUUUCUAAACGAGUAUGUCACUUGUUUAGCUUGUCAAAAGGCACAAACUCAUUUAAUCAAAUCAACGGGUUUAUGGCGUACCGAAUGUCAAUUGUGUGGCAGUCAACGUUCAGUUAAACGUCUUAAAUGGAAAGUUUAA